AUGGCGGUUCGCCGCUCUGCCCGUUUGAGGGGCCGCCAGACGUCCGCCGAGCCACAGCCUCAGGCGAAUCCCCCCAACACCACUACUCCCGUUUUCACUCCCGUGAAAUCAUUCCUUCCGAUGAAAAAGACUCCUAAGACUGCCGAAAGGAAGGACUUCGCGGUCAAGACGCCUACCACGGCCUUUGCGGUGCGUCCUCCACGCGAGGAGAUGCACCCAAGCAAGGUCCACCAGAGCACCACCAAGCAGGCGGAUUCGGGUCUGAUUCUGGGCUUCAACCCGGUGAAGAGGGAUGCUAAGGGAAAUGUGAUCAAGGAGAGUGUGAUGCAAAACACCCCAUCGAAAUUAAAAGCGUCUCCUUCUAGCCAGAUGGGCACUCCAGGCUUCGAGUUCAAGUUUUCCUGCCACGAGUCUCAGCUGAGUGAUGAGGCGAAGAAACUCAUGGACACGGUCCGCGAGGAUGCCGCCCGCAUCAAAGCUCAGAUGGUUCAAGACAAGACUAAGCACGCUCGCCAGGAAGCUGAGGAGGAAAAUCUACAAGGCGAUCGCCUCAUCGCCAAACCGAAGGGCAAGGUAGGCCGGUUCAGUGACGUGCACAUGGCCGAGUUCAAGAAGAUGGACUCUAUCGCGGGACACGCGUCGGCGUACAGAGCUGCACCGGGCCGCUUCCAGCCCGUCACCAAGUCGCUUAAGAGGACUAAUUCCAAAGCGCGUCUGGACGAGCCGGAGUCCUCCCGCAAUAACGAAAAGAGCCUUUCCACGACGCCCUCCAAGUCGCCCUCGAAGCUGCCAGCGCCUGCAUUCGAAUCAGCCGCCAGCGUGAAGCGUGUCAAGCACUCGGCCGCUGAAGAUACUUCGACUGGUCGCCCUUCAUCGCGUGAUGGCAAGACCGCUACUCCAGGCGCAAACCUGGCCCUUCCACGCCCCCGUCCUUCGAUGAGGCCUUCCCUGAUGACCCCCACCAAGUCCUCGAUGGCGCGUUUCUCAAGCGCCCGGCCCAUCAGAACUUCCAUGAUUCCUUCUCUGACACAGUCCCCGGGCUCCAAGGCGAUUGCGGCUCCGCACACCCCCAAGACCGAGUUCAACCCCAGACUCAAGAGCAAGGUUCCUACUCUCAAUAAUCUCAAGUCCAUUUUGCGUCGUCACCAGCCUCUUUUCUCCAAAGAUCCAGCCAAGAUCGCUGCCGGUACACACGUGGCCGACCCUGAUUUCACCUUCGAUAUGUUGGUGAAAACAUCCCGCCCUGACGACGACGCUGCUCAGACGCCUUCUCCCAAGAAGCGUGUCGAGUUCACCCCCAUCGUCAAGUCGUCGCAUCUUGAAGUCGCCCAGGCGUCUCCCUCACCUUCGAAGAUCCCCACUGCCAGGACGCCCAUGGACGUCGUUUACCCUACUCUCCCGACCCUGACCCCCGAGAAGGAUGCUGUUAUAACCAAGUCGAACACCGCAAGCAUCCGUAAGGUCCGACCCUCGGCGCGGUCUGCCUCCGGCACGCACACAGACCUGGCCUCGAUGCCCAAGUUCCCCGCCGUCCCCCACGGGAUCAUCAACAAGAAGAGAGCUCGCCAGGAGACCGAUGACACCCCGGACGCCGAGAAUGUUCCUCCCGCUACUGCCGUGGAGCUGACUCCCGAUGGCCGCAGUGCCAAGCGGAUGAAGAUGAGCGUGCCAUCGCCCAUCAAAGAUGUGCCAACCCCCAGCCCUGUCAAGGUCAUUCGGUCCAUGACCCCCGGUCGGUCCCGUCUUCAGGGAACUCCCACCAGGGGCGGGACCCCAGGCAGCGCUCGGGCGAAGGGCAAGAACGUUCUCACCCUCAGCCGCCUGAACAUGCUCUCCAAGCCGAAGAACCGUUCCUAG